CAUUGGCCUCCAGAUCUGCCGAACCUCCCCUCCAACGCUCCUACUACAGAGACUCAUCCAGCGGUCUACCCGUCCUAAAGUCUAGUCAAUCUCCUGCUGCAUCAGCUAGCCGGGUGUUCGGAUGUCCCAAAGUCUGAUUAAUUGCUUCACGAUGCCUGCCCGCUCGGAUCGAACCCCACCGGCUCAAGUAUAUGAACCUGCUCGAGCCCAGACUGGCAUUCCCUCCAGAACCAGGACUGAUAGUCACCAAUUCGUGAUUCUACAACACUACAUUCUUCAUUACAGUCUCAUUUUCACUGCACAAAUACUCCCCUGAGACCUACUACCACCAUGCCCUCGACGAGCGACCUCUCCGACCCCAAGGAAUACCAGAAGAUCUUCCACUGGGCAGAGACACAGAAGGAUGGCACGAUUCCGUCCUUCAGCACAAGACGAAAUGAUCCCUAUGAGUACCAAGCCGGAUUCGGCAACUCAUUUGCCUCGGAGGCUGUCCCUGGCACCAUCCCACAGGGCCAAAACAGUCCUCGCAACGUCCGAUUCGGCUUAUAUGCUGAGCAGAUUACGGCAACGGCCUUUGUUGCCCCUAGACAUUGCAACAAGAAGGCGUGGCUUUACCGUGCCCGUCCGGCCGUUGCCCAUCAGGGAUUUACUGAUCUUCCUGACAAUAAAGACACAGAGUCCAACUUCCUGCCACUGAACCCUCGCGUCCAUGUUUCUCCCACCCAGUUGGCCUGGCAUCCCUUCGACAUUCCUAGCGAUGGUGAAGUGGAUUUCGUCGCGGGUCUCAAGACCGUGGCUGGCUCGGGAGAGCCGACCCUUCGCGAGGGUCUGGCGACCCACGUCUACGUUGCCAAUGCUAACAUGACCAACAAGGCCUUUGUAAACUCGGAUGGUGAAAUGGCGAUCGUCCCCCAGCAGGGUGCACUAGACAUCCAGACCGAGUUUGGCCCUUUAUUUGUUCAGCCGGGAGAAAUCGUCAUUAUUCAGCGUGGUGUUCGUUUCCGCGUAGAGCUGCCGGAUGGACCUUCACGUGGUUAUAUACUCGAGAUUUGGGGCAGCCAGUUCGAACUUCCCGAGUUGGGUCCGCUGGGUGCCAACGGUCUGGCCAAUGCCCGAGACUUCCUCUUCCCCACGGCUAAGUACGAGAUCACACAAGAGGACUGGGAGAUUGUGUACAAGCUGGGAGGAAAGUUCUUCAAGAGCACACAGAAGCACAGUCCGUUUGAUGUGGUUGCCUGGCACGGUAACUAUGUACCCUACAAAUACGACAUGACCAAGUUUGUCAACGUCGGUUCCAUUUCGGUCGAUCACAUCGAUCCAUCCAUCUUCUGUGUCCUCACAGCCAAGUCUCGUGACACCACAGCGCCUCUGGCCGACCUGCUCAUUUUCUCUCCUCGGUGGGAUGUGGCAUCGCACACUUACCGCCCCCCAUACUACCACCGCAACGCCGCCUCCGAGCUCAUGGGCCUGAUCUACGGCGACUACGGCGGUCGUUCCGACGCCUUCAAGCCAGGCAGCGUCUCCUUCGAAUGCGGAAUGGUCCCCCACGGCGUCGCCUACGAAGAAUUCAAAGCCGCCACCGAAUCCGAUCCCCCGGCCAUGCGCAUCUCCGAGGCCUCCAUGGCAUUCAUGUUCGAAUCCAGUCGCGCGUUCACAAUCACAGAUUACGCCUGGACGAGCGAUAAGAGACACGAACAUGAGCCCAAGAUGUGGGAUAACCUCGUCGAUAACUUCUCUAGCCAUGCCAAGGAGGUAGAGGAGUUGUUGGCGAAGAAGGCGAAGGGGUUGAGGAUUUGAUUGCAUCUCAUUGCAUCCUGCUAUGUUAUACUGUGUCGGGUUUUCUUUAGCCAGUGUCCUUUUUUUUAUGCUCAUAAGUGUUUACUAUGUGAAUACUACCUCUAUCAUCUGUACAUAUUGAAAUUUACUAUUUCAG